CCGGGCACGCGCGCCGGCGACCAUGGCGUUCGCCCGGCUGAAGCGAGUGCAUUAACCCCGGGAGGCGGCGGCGGCGGCGGCUGCGGCGGGGGAGAGAGACUCGAGCGGGCGGGCUCAGCCUGAGGGAAGGGAGGAAGGGGCGGGGAGAGCGCCGGAGGGAGGCCGGUCGGCCGCAGGCGGGCGGGCAGCGCAGCGCAGCGCCGAGCGGGGCCCGCGGGCCCAUGAGGAGGCCGGGGGACCAUGGGCUCCAGGAUCAAGCAAAACCCAGAGACCACAUUUGAAGUGUAUGUUGAAGUGGCCUAUCCUAGGACAGGUGGCACUCUUUCAGAUCCUGAGGUGCAGAGGCAAUUCCCGGAGGACUACAGUGACCAGGAAGUUCUACAGACUCUGACCAAGUUUUGUUUCCCCUUCUAUGUGGACAGCCUCACAGUUAGCCAAGUUGGCCAGAACUUCACAUUCGUGCUCACUGACAUUGACAGCAAACAGAGAUUCGGGUUCUGCCGCUUAUCUUCAGGAGCAAAGAGUUGCUUCUGUAUCUUAAGCUAUCUCCCCUGGUUCGAAGUAUUUUAUAAACUACUUAACAUCUUGGCAGAUUACACGACAAAAGGACAGGAAAGUCAGUGGAAUGAGCUUCUUGAAACUCUGUACAAACUUCCUAUCCCUGACCCAGGAGUGUCUGUUCAUCUCAGUGUGCAUUCUUAUUUUACUGUGCCUGAUACCAGAGAACUUCCCAGCAUCCCUGAGAAUAGAAAUCUGACAGAAUAUUUUGUGGCUGUGGAUGUAAACAACAUGUUACAUCUGUAUGCCAGUAUGCUCUACGAACGUCGGAUACUCAUCAUUUGCAGCAAACUCAGCACUUUGACUGCCUGCAUCCACGGGUCUGCUGCGAUGCUCUACCCCAUGUUCUGGCAGCACGUGUACAUCCCUGUCCUGCCUCCGCAUCUGCUGGACUACUGCUGUGCUCCCAUGCCCUACCUCAUAGGAAUCCAUUUAAGUUUAAUGGAGAAAGUCAGAAACAUGGCCCUGGAUGAUGUUGUGAUCCUGAAUGUGGACACCAACACCCUGGAAACCCCCUUUGAUGACCUCCAGAGCCUCCCAAAUGAUGUGAUCUCUUCCCUGAAGAGCCGGCUGAAGAAGGUCUCCACGACAACUGGCGAUGGUGUGGCCAGAGCCUUCCUCAAGGCCCAGGCAGCUUUCUUUGGCAGCUACCGAAACGCUCUGAAAAUCGAGCCGGAGGAGCCAAUCACCUUCUGCGAGGAAGCCUUCGUGUCGCACUAUCGCUCAGGAGCCAUGAGGCAGUUCCUGCAAAACGCCACCCAGCUGCAGCUCUUCAAACAGUUUAUCGAUGGUAGAUUAGACCUUCUCAAUUCCGGCGAGGGCUUCAGUGAUGUUUUUGAAGAGGAGAUCAACAUGGGCGAGUAUGCCGGGAGUGAUAAGCUGUACCACCAGUGGCUCUCCACAGUCCGGAAAGGAAGUGGAGCAAUUCUGAAUACUGUAAAAACGAAAGCAAACCCAGCCAUGAAGACUGUCUAUAAGUUCGCAAAAGAUCAUGCAAAAAUGGGAAUAAAAGAGGUGAAAAACCGCUUGAAGCAAAAGGACAUCACUGAGAAUGGCUGUGCCCCCACCACAGAAGAGCAGCUGCCAAAGACUGCGCCGUCCCCACUUGUAGAGGCCAAGGACCCCAAGUUCCGAGAAGACCGGCGGCCAAUCACAGUCCACUUUGGACAGCCACAGAGACUCCGUCCCACUCGCCCGCCGCCUCCCAAGAUACAGCGCUCGAGGCCCGUGCGCCCUCCCCGUCCACACGUCGUUAAAAGACCGAAGAGCAACAUCACAGUGGAAGCCCGAAGGACGUCCGUCUCAAGCCCCGACCACCUCGUAAGGCCCUUGCGACACUAUGCUGUCUUCCUCUCCGAAGACUCCUCUGACGAUGAGUGCCAGCGGGAAGAGGGCCCGAGCCCUGGCUUCACCGAAAGCUUUUUCUUCUCCACUCCCUUUGAAUGGCCGCAGCCAUAUCGGACACUCAAGGAGUCAGACAGUGCAGGGGACGAGGCCGAAAGCCCGGAGCAGCGAGCGCGGGAGCCCGUGGGCCCCACCCCAGCUCCACACGACCGGGCCGCCAGCAUCGACCUCCUGGAGGACGUCUUCAGCAAUCUCGACAUGGAAGUCCCGCUGCAGCCGCUGGGCCAGGCCAAAAGCUUGGAAGACCUUCGGACCCCCAAAGACCUGAGGGAGCAGCCGGGGACCUUUGACUAUCAGAGGUUGGACCUGGGCAGAAGUGACAGGAGCCGCGGGACACCAGGGGCCUUGAAGCUCGCCCACCCGCACAGCAGGCUCUGGAGCCUAGGCCAGGAUGACAUGGCCAUCCCCAGCAAACUUCCCACCGCCUGCCCCGAGAAGCCCUUAGCCCUGCUUGGGAACUCCCUGGCCUCACCCUGCAGGCCCCAGGACCGGAACGGCCUCCUGAACCCCAGCGACAAGGAGGAGGUGACCACACCCACCCUGGGCAGCAUCACUAUCCCCCGGCCCCAAGGCAGGAAGACCCCGGAGCUGGGCAUCGUGCCCCCGCCUCCCACUGCCCGCCCAGCCAAGCUCCAGGCCCCCAGCAUCGCCCUUGGCAACUUCUCGGAGCGGCUGCCGGCUGAGCGGGAAAGGAGGGCUGCCCUCAGCUCAACCCCAUUCCCUGGGCUCCUCUCCAGUACUGCACCCCAAGACCCGACCGAACUGCUCCAGCCACUGAGCCUGGCCUCAGGGGCCUCUGGCAGCAGCAGUGAUGCCCUGCUGGCCCUGCUGGACCCACUUAACACAACCUGGUCGGGCAGUUCCCUUCCACCAGGCCCUACAGCCCCAAAUGUAGCCACCCCAUUUACCCCCCAAUUUAGCUUCCCCCCCAUGGGGACCCCCACCCCAUUUCCACAGCCGUCACUCAACCCCUUUGUCCCACCUGUGCCUGCGACACUGCCCACCAUGCCCCUGGUCUCUGCGCCAGCUGGGCCUUUUGGGGCCCCUCCUUCCCUGGGGCCAGCCUUUGCCCCCAGCCUCCUGUUGUCCAAUUCUGGUUUCUGUGCCCCUCAUCGAUCUCAGCCCAACCUGUCUGCCCUCUCCAUGCCCAACCUCUUUGGCCAGGUACCCAUGGGUACCCACUCCCUGCAGCCUUUGGGUCCCCCAGCGGUCGCCCCCUCGAGGAUCCGAACAUUGCCCCUGGCCCGCUCAAGUGCCAGGGCCGCCGAGGCCAAGCAAGGGCUGGCCCUGAGGCCUGGAGACCCCCCACUCCUCCCCGCCAGGGCCCCCCAGGGCCUGGAGCCAGCACUGCAGCCCUCUGCUCCACGAGAGGCCAGAGACCCCUUUGAGGAUUUGUUACGGAAAACCAAGCAAGACGUGAGCUCGGCCCCGGCCCCCGGCUCCGUGGAGCAGCUCAGGAAGCAAUGGGAGACCUUCGAGUGAGCAGCGCUGAGGGUGGGGCGCGCUGAGGCCAGCCGGCCCUGCUUCCCCUGCUGCUGUUUCUGCCCAGGUUCUACUGGUGGGAGGGGAUGGGAACCCUCUCUGCCGCCCCUCCUCCUCUCCACACUGCCCAUCUCUGGAGAAUGGCGCCAGUUCCAGCCUGAGAAUCGACCCAGCUCCUGGGUUCCUGCCCCACCACCACCCUUUCCCUGCCCCCCCAGUUGGGUUUUGCACUAAAGAGGUCAGCUGGGCCAGCGAUUGCCCCAGGCCACAUCCUACCCACCUUCCCUCUGGAAACUGCCCACCAGGAGCCCCGUGCAUCCUCAGGAUGUCUCCUCCUGAGCCCCGUUCUCUUGCCCUAGCUGCAGCCCAGCCCUGCACACCCCAUCUCGAUGGGCACGAGCGUUGGCAGUACACCAGCUCGUCUGCACGAGAGGCACGUGGUUUGGAGUUUGAAGUAAGGAACACCCCCCACCCCUCCCCAGCUGGAGGAUCUGCCUGGCGGGGCAUUUCCAAACCCUCUCUAGCAAUAUGCACAACUCUUUCUUUACUGAGUCUUCACCCCAACCCCUACACCUCUGUUUUUCUGACUUGGUUGGGAUCUGGGGGCUGAGGGAUCCACGAGAUCCCUCGUGGUAACCAAACGAAGCCCCAGCCAGCCCUGCGUGAGGGCUGGGAGCACCAGCAACUUUGAUUAUAGAAGACAAGACGGCAACAGGUAAACCUGAGAGCAUCAGGACGGGCCCGGCCACCAUCCACACUCUCUCUCAGGUCCCCAGAGGUUCUCCUGGUCUCCAGUUAAACGAUCACAUGAGGCUCAGGCUCUGGUCGAGUGGGUCUCAGGGGGCAGAGCUGAAAAGCAGGUACCCAGACCCCCACUGGAAGGCCAGGCUUAACACCACAGAGAUGCAAGGGUCCCAGUGCCUGUGUCCUUGGGGCAGGAGGGGGCAGGGCACUAAGCCCCUCUCCAGGCCCCUGGUGAGUGGGCAGGCUUGGCUUCUUGCAGCCUGGAGGCAGGAGGGCUUGGAGUCACCCCCUCCCUGCCCACCUUGUGAUUCCUGCCAGCAUAGAAAUUCCUGAGGCCAACGUCACCAAAGCUAAAUUGAAAUGUUUUGUUAUUAUUUCUUUUAUCUUUCUUUUCCUUUUUACUUUUAUUGAUUUGAUGGAAUCUUGAAAUUGACUAAUUUCAAUAAACCAAGUUAAAAUAUGGCCCAACCAUUUAAGAAAACAACCAUCUGAGACAUCCAGGAAAUUGUGAACAUUUUGACCUGAUUUCUCAUUUCCUAUUUGUGAAUGGUCAGACAUACAGUCUCAGGGCUGUCUGUGGGGGCAAGGGGGUUUCUAGAGGCCCCAAAAACCCCAGGGAGCCUUGUCAUCAUCUGAGGGACUGGGAGACCACCCCCACCCGUGAGUGAGCGAGGCCCAGCCCUGAGGUUUGCUCCGACAGCGUGGGGUGUGAAGGGCUGCUGGCCCCGCACAAGCGCCUUCAGCAGUCCCAGCCCCUGGGGCAAGUCCUCUCUUUCAGUCUCGGCAAUGUCCUCUGGCCGCCGGAAGCAGGGCGCUAUGUUACGCCUGGGCCACGCGGGUGCCUCUAGGACACUCAGAUGUUUCAGCAGAGAUUGUAGAUCCAUCCUGGGCAGACCCCCGAGCCCCGUCAGGACAGGGUUGCGCACUCGGCGGGCAGAGUCUUAAGGCAAGAGGUGCUCGGUGGCCUCAGGGAAGCCGAGCCCACCCCAUGGUCUCCCUGGCUGGGGCCGGUGGCAAGAGCACCAUGUUCACAAGAGCACUGCUGUCUCUUCCCUUGCUGGAUUGAAUCUGCAAAUCCAAGGAUGAAUUUUGUGUGUGCGUUCAAUAAAAUCUUCUUGGAGAGA